CCCAUGCGCGCCGCGGCGACGACCCAGACAGGCCGGCGCCCGGCCGGCGGAAAGGCGGCCGCGGCGGCAGGGGUGGCGCCCCCAGCCCUCUGGACGAGCUCUCGGCAGCCGCGGCCGCGGCGGCCGCGGGGCGGGAGGGGGAGGUGCCCAAAUGGGUGAGGGAGCUGCAGGCAGAGGGGUUUGACGUUUUGGGGCGCGGCGGGGAGCUGUUCAUGCAGCGGGGCGCCGCCGCGGGCCCCGCGGCGCCGGGUGCGCGGCAACAGAGGGACGGAUGGGAGGAGGAGGAGGAAGGGGGGUUGGACAGGGGCGGCGGCGGCACAGCCCUGCGGCCGGCG